AUGUCGACCUCGAACACCUGGAACAUUCGUCAGAACUUGGGCCCUGCUACUACCAGCAGAGCAACCAAGGAAGCGAAGAGAGGAGUCGGUUCCAAACAUUUAGACGCCUUCUCCCACGUCCUUGUCGCGGAGGAGGAAGCUGAAGUCCGACGAGGCUUGGUGUCGUGUCCCUGUUCCGACGACGACGACGACAGCAGCGGGACGGCCUACCAGAAACAAGAUGAUUCAUCCUCUCGUAUAUGCCACCUUCUUCGGGAAUUGCGCGUCCAAAGGAAGGAGAAUGCGGAGCUCCUUGCCUCGUUGAAUUGCCAGGCCAGGAUGCUCGAGGAGUGCGAAGCUCGCAUCAGCAACCUCACGGCUCGUCUGGGGGAGAAAGAAAUGAAGAUUUUAGAACUGAAAAGCCUGCUAUCGUCCGAGUUGGCGACUACCCGGAAGUUGAUUGAUACCCUGGCGAGUAUCUCGAGGCCAUCCGUAUAG